GUAAAAUUUCUCGAAGUACUACGACCAUUUAUUUCCGUUCUGCCUGAGGUCUCAAAGCCCGAAAGAAAGGUAAGUCUUUCGUCAAGAUCUCCCUGUAAGCGUUCAGUUAGUUUCUUCUUCGUAUUUAUUGUUAAAUUGAGUGUCUUUUGUUGAAGGCAACUUGGAAGUGAAUUAAUGUUUGGUUAUGUCCGUUUGGUGUACGUGUACAUCCGCGUGUGGUUGCCUUCUUUGGAUACUGUUACUCGAGAUUUUUCAAUCAAUCCACCUUCUGUUUCUUACAGAUCCAGUUUAGAGAGAAAGUACUAUGGACGGCGAUUACGCUGUUUAUCUUUCUUGUCUGCUGCCAGGUUGGUAAAAUCACAUGUUAUAGAUAGGAAGUUAAGAAUAAUUGAUAUUCUUCAUGACUGGCCCUUUGUUGCAACCGCCAUUUUACAAAAGGCUAAUAGUAAAGAGCUAUCAUCUCUAUGAUUCUCUUGAGAUCGAUCAAAUAAGAGGUUUAAUCUUACUCUUUCUCUUUACGUAGAUUCCUUUGUUUGGCAUUAUGUCGUCGGAUUCAGCUGAUCCCUUCUACUGGAUGCGAGUGAUUUUAGCUUCGAACAGAGGUAAUUGAUAACUUUUACCGGUCCAAUUUUGAUAUAAAUACAGUGGAUCAAAUAACUGUUUACCGGUCCAAUUUUGAUAUAAAUAGGUCAAAUAACUGUGUGAUUACAGUAUUCUUCUACGGGUACAAAAGGUUUAAGUUAAAUAACUGUUAAAAAUGACCGUAAAAUAGUGUUAUGUUCUUAAACUUGAUAAGAAUAUCGAAGAAUACAAUCUCCCUGAUCGACUAUGGUUCGUUCCCUUUUGAAUGAAAAUGUAACCUCCUACAGAAAAAAUUUCUCUCUUCAACGUGCUUUUAAGGAUUGCAAAUUCAAAGAAUUUGAAUGCUGUUUAAUUUACGAAUUUUUUCCAUUGUUAUGUUUGGAACUCUAAAGUUCUAACUGCCACUAAAUUCUCAAAAUCGUGAUUUUGCUUUAAAUACUUGUUGGAUUUUAACUUACUUUUUUGUUGUUUCAUUUAUUGGAAUUUUUCAGUAUGCAUCUGAAUACUUUGUAAUCAUCCAAGAAGUUGUUUGAUUUAUUUCUUGUUUGAUACCGCAUCCCUCUAUGGGAUAGUGGAUGUUUGGACCGGUACAAAUUAGAGCUUAUUAGGUUUAAUAUCUUAGAUAGAGAUGUCCUUCACAAGGACAAGGAAUAAGACAUUUUUAUAAUUAUUAAUCUUGGAUUAAUUGUAAUUAUCAGUCAAACUGGUAGAAAGAUUUUCAUACAACCCUGUACUAUCUUAAACCAAAGCUGUAUUCCCUAAGGCAAUUAACUGUGUCCACUGUUGCUUUCUCUAUCUAAGAAUUGUUAGUGUAAUGAAAUAUAGGGCUGUUCUGAAAUCUUGCCAAACUGGCUUGAGCUCUGCCUUUGGGGGAUGCCGAGAUAUAAGUAAAUUUUAGAGAGAAAAGAAGAAGGAAUAAAAGAUGCAGAGCAAAUGUUUCCAUUCAUUUUGUUCAGAAACAUUUUUUAUUUUCUUACUACUAUUGUGAUUUUGUAGUCUGAUCUUUCAGGUGAGUGUAGUCCUGAGAAAGACCAUUGUUGCUGGUGGUGACUGACAUUUCAACAACUGGAGAAGUCACCAUCAGAGUCUAGUGAAUAAUGUUGUAAGUCUGAUGAUGACUCGGGUUGUUGAAACAUCAGUCACCACUUGAGACAACAGUCCUUCUCAGGACUACACUCACCUGGACAAUCAGACUACUUAGCACAUGUUACCCUCAGGUUCAAACCCUUUCUGUAUAACUACUAUUGGUUUUGUUGAAAAAAAUAUGACCUUUUUUCACUUAGGUACCCUCAUGGAGCUUGGUAUAUCCCCAAUUGUCACUUCAGGACUUAUUAUGCAGGUUUGGAUAACUUGAUAACUACGAAUUAAGUUUUAUUCUUACUUAUUAGGAACAAAUAAUAUUGUUAUAAGCUUUUUCGUUAUAGUAGUGUCUUCCAACUUUUGAGUGAUAAGCAUUUUCAGUUUCAUUCUUUACAAUUCAUGAGUGACCAAGACAGAAUUUCUACUGCCAAUGUCAAUACAAUGCCACACAGAAAAGUGAUGAAAAUAAAGAUAAAUAUUUAUUAGAGGAUUAGUUGAGCCAAUACCAAAUUCUCCCAACAUACAUCAUAGGAAUUGUUUGUAACACAUCAAGGAGAAUUACUAAUGAGGUCUUGGUUGUUUAUUCCGUUCCUCAGUUGUAAUUGUGUUUCAAAUUUUUUCUGGGUAUCUUGAUGAUCAGAAAGUAUGACAGUAUCUAUGAAAUAGAAAUUAAAGAAAGACUUGAAACCAAGAACAAUAACUUAACUAUACCACUAAACUGUAAGCCUAAGUCCAUGUGAAGAAGCAUGAUUACAUAUUUCUGAGUUUAUUGAGAUAUAAUUAUUAUCCUUGAAACAAUUCUUGUAUUUGUAAGAAGCUAUUAACACCUUUUCUUUUAGUUAAAAAUUAUACUCAGUUCUAACUUGAUACAUUCUUUUAGCUUUUGGCAGGUUCUAAAAUUAUUGAAGUUGGUGACAGUCCAAAAGAUAGAGCUCUCUUCAAUGGAUCUCAAAAGUGUAAGUAACUGAGAAAGGCACAUCACAUACCUUAUACCUUUUCUUCUCUUUUUAAUCAAAUCUUUUCUUUCUCUAGUGUUUGGUAUGAUCAUUACCAUUGGCCAAGCUGUCGUGUAUGUUAUGACUGGAAUGUACGGUGAUCCUUCUGAUCUUGGCCCUGGUAUCUGCCUUCUGAUUAUCAUCCAGGUAUGCUUUAAAUGGAUAUCUUCAUCUCUGAUGACUCAGAGUGUAGAAUUGUGUUAACGUUUUGUCAGUGAUAUACAUGUAUAUCAUACCCUUGGGGUUAAUAUUGCAAGUGAAACUGAACUUAAUGUAAUAAUGUCCAAAGUGACACUUGAUAUGCCACGUGUCAUGCCAAACUUUAUUGAUGAACAACAUUCAAUUGAUAUCCCUUGACACUAAACGAACAUAGGUUUUCUACAAUGAAACUUCUCUCAGUAAGUGUUAUGCAGUACUGUUACUUGAGAGAGGGGAGUAAGAGUUGUAGAUAUGAAAUUGUUGGUAUUCUGAAGUAAUGCAAUCUCAGAGGCUCUCAGUGGAUUAUUUGAUUGUUGAUUGUAGAUGCUGAUUACUGAUUUUUUUCAUCUUUGUAGCUGUUCUGUGCUGGUCUUAUUGUUCUCUUGCUGGAUGAACUUCUUCAGAAAGGAUAUGGCCUUGGAUCAGGGUAGGCAGCUCAAAUUGAGUUAAUCUCUUUUGAUGGAAGAUGAAUGAGGGCUUGUACAUAUCUCCAGCUUAUCCUUUAGAUGCAUGGGCUGUUUCUUGAUACAGCACUAGAUAAAUAGAAGCCAUUAAGAAAAGUAUACUUGUGAGUUGGGAGAUUUUAUCUUAGAUCCAGGAAAGAAAGCUCUUAACCCUUUACACCCCUGUAUCAGUAUACAUAUUCUCCUUACUGUUCGUUACACAUUUCCGGAUGUGCUGAUAAGGAAAAGUUGUUAAACUGUAAAGAGUUUCUGUAAUUGGCGAUCAUUUCCUUCAUUCUCAUGACCUAGAUGUGUGAUUCAGGGAUGGUAUUGUUAGGAGAAAUGAAAUGCUAAUCACUCAUAGGAAUCAAGUAGUUAACCCUUUCACCCCCACAAGUGACCAAGACAGAAUUUCUCCUUACAAUAUCAAUACAAUAUCAAGCAGGCAGGUGAUGAGAAUAUAGAAGAAUAUCAAUUAUGGGAUUAUUAGUUGAUCUAAUACCAAAUUCUCUGAACUAACGUUGUUAGAAUUGUAUGGCAGAUAGUAAGGAGAAUUAUUAAUCAGAUCUUGGGAGUGAAAGGGUUAAGGGUACCAGUAUUACUUAUGGUGUUCUUGGGAAUUUUCACUACCUGAAUUGAUUUCCACUCUGCCACACAAGCAUAUGUCAUGUUAAGACUUCUCAGAGCUUUUGCAGAGCUUUCCUCUUUGCAACAAGGUUUAAAACAUGCUAGUUAUCCAAUGGUGUGCUCUUUGAUUUAUUUUCACUGCAAUUAUUUUACCUUGGCUAAAUCUCAUUAUAAUCUCCCUUGCAGAAUCUCGCUGUUCAUUGCCACAAACAUCUGUGAGACUAUUGUUUGGAAAGCAUUCAGUCCAGCCACUAUUAACACUGGCAGGGGUAUGUACAACUCCUAUAUCCCCAUCUUAAACAGGUUACAAAAUAGAGACUCGCAAGGAUUGAAUGUGUUUGUAGAAACAACACUUCAAACAUUUUUGAAAUUAGAUGUCAGCUUAAAAAUUUAUUUUCAAUUUUUUCCUUGCUUUAAACUGGUCAUCCUAUGAAGACAAUUUGCACUAAAAGUGACUACAUUGUGAGACAGAUAGUAAUACCUCAAAAUUAUUGCAUUUCAUUAUCACAAGUCAAUGUUUUUUACAGUAUUUUCUGCUGUUGAUUUUAGGUACUGAGUUUGAGGGUGCUAUCAUUGCCUUGUUCCAUCUGUUGGCCACCAGAACAGACAAAGUGCGUGGGCUCCGUGAAGCCGUCCAUCGUCAGAACCUACCAAACAUCACUAACCUGAUUGCCACAAUUUUUGUCUUUGGUAUAGUUAUAUACUUCCAGGUAAAUUGCCACCUUUCAAUCAAUAAUAUUCUUACUACUUCAACAUUUCCUUGAUUUAGAACCUUUCUUAUGGGGUGUUUUUUUCCUCCUUGAAAUGUGAUUGUUAGUGGCUCCUCAAGGUCUGGGACAGAGUGUUGUUUGUUUUUGUAUUGAAAUAUAGCAUAACUUUAGUUUUCAUUCAGAUUCUCUACAAGUAUCAUGAUAUUAUAAGUGUGAUGUAAGCUCUUUCCUCUCAACUGGUAGUCAUCAGUUUAACUUAAAGUAAGUAAGUUAGUUUCUGACCUGCCUCUUUGCAUGGUAUAUCGGUAUGUCUGACAGAAUGUGGAAAUAUCUUGCAGGGCUUCCGUGUAGAUCUUCCCAUCAAGUCUGCUCGUUACAGAGGCCAAUACAGCUCUUACCCAAUCAAACUGUUUUACACUUCAAAUAUUCCCAUCAUUUUGCAGGUAAGAGUAACCAUGAAACUUUCAUUCUUUGCUUAAUUUUAGGAACUGGUUAAAAUGCUUUCAGUGAGUUGAUUGUUUUCAUUAUUACUCUUGUUUGAAAGUCACUACCUAGACCAUCAUGCUCUUUGUUAGGUGUAUCUCUAAUUGAUAUUUGCUUAAGUCAAAUAUUUAACAUUAUUCUCCAAGUAGUGACUUUACAAAAUUAGUUAGGUUUUGGGCCUUUAUUUAUAUACUACUCUAGAGUUCAGAGUUAGAGGCAUUUGCUAAAUUUUAAUGAUCAAUACAACAAUUUGAUUUUGUUGUGCAAAGCAUGUCAUUCAAUUCUCAUCACUUGCUUUUUUGUCAAUAUUUCAGAGUGCCCUCGUGUCCAAUAUUUAUGUCAUUUCCCAAAUGUUGUCCACUAAGUUUGCUGGAAAUUUCUUCGUCAGUCUUCUUGGAACAUGGGAGGUAUGCUACCAUCUUUACGUUGACUUUAUGACAAUUUGGUUAGUUUAAGAUUUGGGAAUACAUUUGUGUGAUGGGGCUCCCUGAUGUAAUGGUGGUCUUUUGAUUCCAGGAAGCUGGUGGUGGACCUGCGCGAUCAUACCCCACUGGUGGCCUGUGCUAUUACAUGUCACCUCCAGAGACAGUGAGUCACAUCAUAGAAGAUCCCAUUCAUGCCGUCUUGUACAUCGUGUUCAUGUUGGGCUCUUGUGCUUUCUUCUCCAAGACAUGGAUUGAUGUGUCUGGCUCCUCAGCUAAAGAUGUAAGUGUUACUUAAAAAUGAUGGAGCAGCAGAUUAAAUGUACUGUGACUUCAGGUGUUCAGGUGAUUAAUUUUACAGAAACUCUAAUUUCAACAGACAAAAAAUUUUCAAAGUACAACUUGUAUGCUAUCUAAAUUCCCAAUGUUCAUAGUUUUCCUUAACUCACAAUAGAAACUUGUUAGAACUUUUGAGUAUUUAAACUUUUUAAUUGUGACUUAAGAAGACACAUGUACAAUGGAUGUCUCAAAAUUGACAAAAAUUUGGCAAAUUGUGUCAAAAGUAAGUUGAGGAUUGUGUGGUCAUUGGUCGGCAGUAUUGACUCUAAGAUCUUAAUAAUACUGGGCUUUAAGUUCAUCUUUUAAAAAAGUGGCCUCUUGGUCACCUUCAAUUACAAAAUGGUUGCCCUAAAAAUUAUGUAUUUAGUAAGACAAGCAAUAAGUUUGCAACAUUUUUGUUUGCCAAAUUGAUAUGUUUAUUUGCUUGUGGAUGUAAAGACUGUAAUAAGGGUCAAAAGAUGACGAGGCUCUAAUGUCUGUAAGCAGAGACAGUGUGCAAGUGUUUUUUUUUUCCUUUUUUAAAUCUGUUGAUCACCAAUAUGGUGACUUUGGUAAAAAUUUUAGUCAUCAAUUAUAUUUUUCACUUGCCAUGGUGACCAAAAUGGUUGCAACUUGGAUUGCUGUAUUUAGUUCCAAUCAAUUGAUGGAUGUUUUAACUUUUAUCCCCAAACCAAGGUUGCCAAACAGCUGAAGGAACAGCAAAUGGUGAUGCGUGGACACCGCGAUAAAUCCAUGGUCCAUGAACUCAACAGGUAAGCAAUGAUCAUAAAGUUUAGAAUUGGCUUUUACAAAGCUUUCAUAUAUUCCUUGUCCAUGUGGAAGAUAUGUAACCAAUAUGUAAUGUAUGGAUAAUUUAAUUCAAUAAAUAGUUUCUUACAUAGUACUAUAAUUUUGAAAUAAAAAAUUAAAUGGCAUUUUAAAUGGAUCUCUUACCUUCCAGGUAUAUCCCUACAGCUGCAGCUUUUGGUGGACUUUGUAUUGGUGCCCUUUCAGUCUUGGCUGAUUUCAUGGGUAAGCAUUGAGUUUUCAUGUACUAAACAGCUUGAAAAACUCAAGAAAGAUAUUCAGCAUUUCAGUGCCAUGAUUGUGGCAUAAGUAAAUGCAUCUGAAUCUCAUAUAAGGAUUUGAGUCACUGACCCUCUGAUUUCAUGAUGCUUCACUUCAUGGACUUCAGCAAAACUUGAAAAGGAGAAGGGGCUAAGUUCAAUUGUAACUAAAUGUACAGUAGUCCUAUUUUCCAAGUUGUGAAUGGCUGACCUUUGUCAAAAAAGGAAACAAACUUUCUAAGAAUCUGUUUGUUUCUCAAAAAAUGGAUCGGAAACCAGGGAGAAAGCACAGAGCUUUGCUUGCCGGUCAAGUCAAUGACUGCUUUUAAAAAAGAUUUGGGCACUUUUUCAAAAAUGUUCACAAGCUGCUCUUAGGAUUUUUUGUCAUUAUAUGAUCAGUAGUAUUGAUAAGCUGCAACUGUUUGAGAAAAAAAAAAGCCCCUGCUCCUUGCUAAAGUGAGGUGUAAAGAAUGGAAUUAAGAGGAAGAUGAUAGAUCAAGGUGAUAGAUCAAGUAGAUCAAGGUGAUAUGAACAGGAGCCAAAAUUAAAUGAAUUCUUGCGCAUGUAACAUUUCUGUUUGUUUCUUCAUAGGUGCCAUUGGCUCAGGAACAGGUAUUCUGUUGGCUGUCACCAUCAUUUACCAAUACUUUGAAAUCUUCGUUAAAGAGCAAAGCGAAAUGGGAGGCAUGGGAACUCUCCUGUUUUAA